AUGGAUCGGCUUAAUCGGAUGCUCCAGGCCGCUCAGGGCAUGGGCAUGGGCAGUGGAGGUCCUGGUGGCGAUACUCCAAAUCUCAUUGAUAACUCGGAAACCGUACACAUCUCCUCGCUGGCAUUGCUGAAGAUGCUACGACACGGACGCGCAGGUGUUCCUAUGGAAGUCAUGGGCUUGAUGCUGGGAGAAUUUGUGGAUGAAUACACAGUUCGAGUGGUUGAUGUGUUCGCUAUGCCUCAAAGCGGUACUGGCGUCAGUGUCGAAGCCGUGGAUCCCGUCUUCCAGACCAAGAUGAUGGAUAUGCUUCGACAAACAGGACGGCCGGAAACUGUCGUUGGCUGGUACCAUUCUCAUCCCGGUUUUGGAUGCUGGCUUUCGUCCGUCGAUAUCAACACCCAGCAGUCCUUCGAGCAGCUGACCCCUCGUGCUGUUGCGGUUGUCGUCGAUCCGAUUCAGUCCGUCAAGGGUAAGGUCGUCAUCGACGCGUUCCGUCUGAUCCAACCCCAGACCGUCGUUAUGGGUCAGGAGCCCCGCCAGACUACCUCCAACCUGGGCCAUCUGAACAAGCCCUCCAUCCAGGCAUUGAUCCACGGCCUGAACCGCCACUACUACAGCAUUGCCAUCAACUACCGUAAGACCGGGCUGGAGGAGAACAUGCUGAUGAACCUGCACAAGCAUGUCUGGACGGAGGCUCUGCAGAUGAAGGACUUCCACGAGGAGGGACAGCACAAUGUGGACCGCAUGAAGCAGCUUGUGAGCUUGGCGGAGGGCUACGAGAAGCGGGUGAAGGAAGAGACAGAACUCAGCAAAGAUCAGCUGAAGACGAGAUACGUUGGAAAGGUGGACCCCAAGAAGCACAUCGAGGACGUCAGCCAGCAGUUGAUCGAAGACAACAUUGUUGCCGUAUCGCGGCAGAUGAUCGACAAGGAGGCUUCCGUGGCUCGGCUAUCAAAUGGAAAGGACGCUCAAAAUGGGACUGGCAUGGAAGUGGACGAAGACCUAUAG